CGCAACUUGCGCGGAACUCGGAAGUGGGGAAAGGUGACCUCGCGGUCAGAAGGAUCAGGCUCUCGAUCGAGUGCUGCCUCAUGAUUUGGACUCACCCACCACAGUACGUCCGCCAUGGUCAGCCCUCGUGCGCUCGCUAACGCCUUGGCAGGCUCUUCGCGGCUCUCUAUGCCCAGUGAAAGGAUCAGCAACCUGUCUACGAUCCCCGGCACUCCCUUUUUCGAGGAUCCGGGCGCGCCCGUGGCUGCUGUCCAGUCACUCAAUAUCUCCAUCACCAACGACGAGGAGUGCGAUCCCAGCAGGCUGACCUACCGUCUCGUGGUACCUCAACAAUAUGUAUCGCCCGACAACUUCUACGAGCUGCAGAUGGCCGCCUUGUACUACAUAGUAGAUCCCAAGCAGCCCGACCCAAUUAAGCGCUACAACGACUCGUACGCCUACGAGGUUUACUCCAACCAGACAUUCUACGAUACUGCAGCGCCCAACCGAACCGUGCAAGCCAACCAGACGGUGUUUGAACCGACAGUCUGGAGUCCGCAGGUGCCCUACACUGGAGUGGAAAGUCAGGGCCAGAAUGUCACCCUGAGUGACGGGACAAUGAGUGUGACGCUCAACGACACCCUGCUCGUCAUUGCUCGCAUCAAGAACAACGUAAACUUCACUGAUCCCACCGAUGAAGGAGAUCCAGGAUCGAAGUUUUUCUACUGGACGCCGAGCACCAGCUGCCUCCACAAGCUGCAGGAGGGUCUUCCUCUGCGCACAGAUUCAUCGUCCAUCACUCUACCCUCUCUUUCCUUAACGAGCGCACUCGUGGGACUCUCGCUGCUCAUUUCGUCGUAGUCCACACCGCUGAUCGAAGGGGAGGUUUAUUCGCCGGACUUGCGUCUUGCGACGGUGCAGCAGGAUCUAUGGUAGAUGAUCGGGGUCUGGGGACGCAUCACUGACCUCAUGCGUCUAUUGCCUUGAGGUCGCGUCGCUAUCGCGUCAGCCAACCCUUUCCGCCAUCUGCUCGUGAAGGCCGAUUAUCGCCGUGCAGAAGCGAUUCCAGAUCGCGCGCUGUUUUGAAAGCUGCAACUGCGCCAGCUUCCAACGUCUGCCGCACUGAGAGAGACUCCAAGACAAAGUCUUGGCACUAUGUUGUACUUGGUGUUUUUUGUUCGGUACGUUGCCAAAUGACCGUUCGUGCAAGACAUUAGGCUUUGUAACUACAGUACAAUACAUGACUUGUCGUCAAUUUGGAG